AUGGCUGGGAGGAGUAGCGAGUGGCGUCUGCAAAGAGGGCAGUACCUGGGAGAAAUCUCAGCCCUCUGUUUUCUCCACCCACCGCCUUCUGUCUCUUGUCUUCCUUAUCUCCUCGCCGGAACGGGUUCACAACUUCUGCUUUAUGAUUUAGUGACAGGAGUGAUGAUAAGAUCGUUUCAAGUUUUUGAAGGAAUACGUGUUCAUGGAAUUUCUUUAGAGAAAUUUCAUCAACAAUCGUCCUCUUCUGCACUUGCCGUCAAGAUUGCUGUCUUUGGUGAAAGAAAAGUGAAAAUGUUCUGUUUACGUGUUGAAAUAGUGAACAAUUCGCAAAAUAAGCCUCAAGUAUCCAUGGUGGAUUUGAUUCUUUUGCUGUCACUGCCAAAGUUAAAUCAUUGGGUGUUGGACGUUCGCUUCUUAAAGGACUCGGUGUCUUCUUCGCAUGAGGAGAGCCAGUAUCUUGCCAUUGGGUGUAGUGAUAACUCUGUAUGUUUCUGGAAUAUUUUAAGAUCAGAUUUCAUUUUUGAAGUCAGAUGUUCAGAGAAGUGUCUGUUGUAUUCCAUGCGGAUGUGGGGUGAUGAAGUUGAAGCUCUCCGUGUUGCAUCUGGAACUAUUUAUAACGAGGUUAUUGUUUGGAAAGUCGUUCGUCAAAAUCAUGCUCCAUUUGUGGAAAGUGCUGUAAAACACCUUAUGAAUCCGACCAGUGAGGAAGGUGAAGACCUUCCUGGUCAGCAAUAUGAAGCUCUUCAUAUAUGUAAAAUGCUUGGGCAUGAAGGUUCGAUUUUUCGCAUUGCAUGGUCUUCCAAUGGAUCAAAACUGGCGUCUGUAUCCGAUGAUCGUAGUGCUCGCAUCUGGGCAGUUCAUGCUGAAAGGAGUGGCGCAAAAAAUUCUGUGGGGGAUGAUGUCUCUUACUCUAUGGGUCCCGUGCUAUUUGGUCACAGUGCCAGGGUUUGGGACUGCUGUAUAUUUGACUCUUUGAUUAUCACUGCUGGCGAGGAUUGUACGUGUCGUUUGUGGCAACUGGAUGGUACCCAACUGAGAAUGAUCAAAGACCAUAUUGGGCGGGGAAUAUGGCGAUGUUUCAAAAGUGAAUAUGUGCGUUGUUUACACUUCACCCGUGAAGAUACCCUUUAUGUUGCCACAAACAAUGGUCAUCUGUACCAUGCUAAGUUAUCUACUGCUGGAGAUGUAAAAUGGACCAAACUUGUUCGGGUUAGUGGGGAGGUGCCCAUUGUUUGUAUGAACUUGAUUUCCACAAACUCUUCUGACGAUUGCCAUGGUAUUGAUGAUUGGGUUGCGGUUGGAGAUGGUAAAGGAAGCAUGACAAUUGUUAGAGUUGUUGGCAAUGUCUGGACACCUAAAGUGGGUCUUGUUUUUACUUGGUCUGCGGAAAUAGGGAGACAGCUCUUGGGAACUUAUUGGUGCAGAUCCUUGGGAUUUAGUUUCAUCUUCAGUGCUGAUCCUAAAGGAAAGUUGAAGUUAUGGAGGUUAUGCGAUCCUUUGCAAACUGCUUCUGACAAUAACACGGGAAGUCACAAUGCAACUUUGGUAGCGGAAUUUGUCUCAUGUUUUGGGGUUCGAAUAGUGUGUUUGGAUGCAUCAUUAAAGGAAGAGGUGCUAGUGUGCGGGGAUCUACGUGGUAAUCUGAUAUUAUUUCCUUUAUUAAAAGGUCUACUGCUUGGUUCAUAUAUUGCUUCAGAAGCAAAAAUAUCUCCAUCAAACCAUUUCAAAGGAGCUCAUGGGAUUUCAAGUGUGUGCAGUGUUGCAAUAGCUGGUUCUAGUUUCAGUCAAGUUGAAAUACAUUCGGUAUGGCCUCGUUCUUCAAAGUAAUAAAUCCUGUUUUCAUGUAUUUUGUGAUUACAAAGUUCUUGUAGAAGUUCUAAAAAAUUUAAUUUCUCCAUUUU